AUGAUAAGAAUUAGAUAUACUGUUAAGCAAGCGGAAACAACCAGAAGAAGUAAAAGAAUUUACGAACGAAGAAGAGGAGAAAUUCAUGAGCAAUUAGAAGAAGGAGAAAGAACAAAUCAAAGAAAUGAUGUCCUGAAUGGACUACAACGUACACAAAAGCAGAAUAAUGAUAUUGAUUAUGAUAGAGUGAGUAUUCAUACUGCACAUACGAACUCUACCGAAGAUGAAACACAGAGAACUGGAGAUGAAGGAAGGAUUGAAGGAAAUGAAGAAAAUAUGACACUUGAAGAACUUAGACAAAGAUUUAUUGCUGAGCGACAAAGAGAAGAUGAAGAGCGUGUGAAUUUGAUACGACAGAAUGAUGAUUUAAGAGAAGAGAAUCUCAGAUUACACGAACAAAGAUCAAGAAGCGUUACGCGAUCAAGAUCAAGAACCAGCAGAAGUUCAUCAAGACAAAGUCGAUCAAAUCGAAGAAAUUCCAAGCGAGAACAAACAUUAGAUAAUAUUUAUGAGAAUUUGCAAGAAGAUGAUAAUUUACAAGAUCAAUGCGAGAGACGCACAGUAAAUGACCGAUAUGAACAGCAACAUGAGCGUCGUGGCAGACAAGAAGAUCAAAUGAACAAUAGACUUCAAGAUGCAACCGCACGUCAUCGUACUCGUUACGCAUCAGAUAAUGAUGGAUAA